CUCCUCCUCCUCCUGGUGGCUCAGUGGGGCUUCGGUCUGGGGGCUCGGAAUGAGCGGUGUUCGGCGUGGACGAGGGUCUUUGCUCUUUCGCUGCUGCUGGGUUCAUAGCCUGGGCGCUUGGCCUGUUUCCACCAUACCUACCAGCGGCUGCUGCUCAGUUGCCCUUCGCUGCUGACGGGACGUGAGCGAGCGAGCGAGCGGAGGCCCCGCUGCAGGCGACUCCGGAGACCCUCGCUCGUCUGUGGCCCAGCCGCCUCUCGUUCUGGGGAGCUGAAGGGGGAGGCGAAGCCAGUCCAGGCCCCUGCCUGGGGAGGCGGGGAGGAGGAGGACGAAAAGCGCCGAAGCAACUGGGCGCUCGGGCAGAAGAAGAAGAAGAAGAAGAGCAGGGAGCGGCGGCGGCGGCGCUAGCAGCCUGUAGCUUGGCCGAGGUGAUGGCGGCGGCCGGAGGCUUCCUGUGCCCGUGCCCGGGCAGGCGGCGGUGGUGGCGACGGCGCUGCGGUGGCUGCUCUGAGCACUGAGUGGAGCGCAGCCGCAGCGGCGGGGGGCGCGCGCCAGGGCGCAAGACUGGCCGUGGCGGCUAGCGAGGCGGCGGAGGGGACGACGGCGCUCAGCACGGCCCGCCGGGCAGUCCCUCUCCGGAGUCAGCUUUGGGCAGGCGCGGCGGCGGCGGCGGCGUGGGACUCGGCACCUCCAGACCCUGCGAAAGAUAUGCUGAAUUUGUUGGUCUGCAGAAAAGAUAUAUGGAUUUUUAGCAGCUGAAGAACAAAUUCAGGUGUUGCAUUUUGGAUAUUGGGUGAAAAUACUUUGGUUUGGAGACAAGGCCACUCCGUCCCCACAUUUGGAUUAAAGUGAAUAUCUCCUAGAGGAUUACAAGUAGAGAGAAAUCUUACUUUGCCUUUUUUUGGAAACUUCCAUUGUUAAACUACCACUACAUUUUGGUCCACAGUCAUGUGGCCACCACAGCUACUGUUCCUCACAAUGCUCUUGGCACCAACAAUCCACGGUUUCAGUCGUGCCCCUGUUCCUAUGGCAGUGGUCCGGAGGGAACUGUCCUGUGAAAGCUACCCAAUAGAACUACGUUGCCCAGGAACAGAUGUUAUCAUGAUUGAAAGUGCCAACUACGGUAGGACGGAUGAUAAAAUCUGUGACUCUGAUCCUGCUCAGAUGGAGAAUAUCCGUUGUUAUCUGCCAGAUGCCUAUAAGAUUAUGACGCAAAGGUGCAGCAAUCGGACGCAGUGUGCAGUGGUAGCAGGCCCAGAUGUGUUUCCUGAUCCUUGUCCGGGAACAUACAAGUAUCUGGAAGUACAAUACGAAUGUGUCCCUUACAAAGUGGAACAAAAAGUUUUUCUUUGCCCUGGACUGCUAAAAGGAGUAUAUCAAAGUGAACAUUUGUUUGAAUCUGACCACCAGUCAGGAGCCUGGUGUAAGGAUCCAUUGCAGGCUUCUGACAAGAUUUACUAUAUGCCAUGGACCCCCUACAGAACUGACACCUUAACGGAGUACUCUUCCAAGGAUGAUUUCAUUGCUGGGAGACCAACUACAACUUACAAGCUGCCCCACAGAGUAGAUGGCACAGGAUUUGUGGUUUAUGAUGGGGCUUUGUUUUUCAACAAAGAACGGACAAGGAACAUUGUCAAAUUUGAUCUACGGACAAGAAUAAAAAGCGGUGAAGCUAUCAUUGCUAAUGCUAACUACCACGACACAUCCCCUUACAGAUGGGGAGGCAAGUCUGAUAUAGACCUGGCCGUGGACGAGAAUGGUCUUUGGGUAAUCUAUGCAACUGAGCAGAAUAAUGGCAGAAUAGUAAUUAGUCAGCUGAACCCUUAUACCUUGAGGAUUGAAGGGACGUGGGAUACAUCUUAUGACAAGAGGUCAGCUUCCAAUGCAUUCAUGGUCUGUGGAAUUUUAUAUGUGGUAAAAUCUGUGUAUGAAGAUGAUGAUAAUGAGGCAACGGGAAACAAAAUAGACUAUAUUUACAACACUGAACAAAGCAAGGAAAGUGUGGUGGAUGUCCCUUUUCCAAACUCAUACCAGUAUAUUGCUGCUGUGGAUUAUAACCCAAGGGACAACCUUCUUUAUGUAUGGAACAACUACCAUGUGGUUAAAUACUCUUUGGAUUUUGGACCAAUGGACAGCAGAACAGGGCAGGCACACCAUGGUCAAGUUUCCUACCUUGUUCCUCCAAUUCAUCUGGACUCUGAUCUGGAGAGGCAAUUGUUUAAAGCAUCAACAUCUGGAGCGACAGGUCUGGGUGGGACAACCACAAGCACCACGCCCCGAGUCACUGCCAGCAGCACUGCACGCACUACCACUGUAUCGGCUUUGGGCAGAAGGAACAGGAGCACAAGUACACCUUCUCCAAAUGUGGAUGUCCCUAACGAAAUGACCACGCACCUGCCACCUGCAUCAUCACAGCUGCCUGCGAUAGGAGCAGAGAGCUGUGAGACUGUAGAAGCCCGUGAGAUCAUGUGGUUUAAGACCCGGCAAGGACAAGUGGCUAAGCAACCAUGCCCGAGGGGCACCGUAGGUGUUUCAACUUUUCUGUGUCUUGCUCCUGGUGGAAUCUGGGAUCCUCAAGGACCAGACCUCAGCAACUGCUCUUCUCUCUGGGUCAAUCAUAUCACACAGAAGUUGAAAUCAGGAGAAACAGCUGCCAAUGUUGCUAGAGAACUUGCUGGGCAAACGAAAAACCACCUAAAUGCUGGGGACAUCACCUACUCAGUUCGUGCCAUGGAUCAGUUGGUGGGUUUACUGGAUGUGCAGCUCCGAAACCUGACACCUGGUGGAAAAGACAGUGCUGCCCGUAGCUUAAACAAGCUUCAGAAACGAGAACAUUAUUGCAGAGCCUAUGUCCAGGCCAUGGUCGAAACAGUCAAUAACCUGCUGCAGCCACAAGCUUUGAAUGCAUGGAAGGACCUACCUGCAAGUGAUCAGCUGCGUGCAGCAACCAUGUUACUGGACACAGUGGAAGAAAGUGCCUUUGUGUUGGCUGACAACCUUCUCAAGACUGAUAUUGUGAGCGAAAGCACUGACAACAUUCAGCUGGAAGUUGCAAGACUAAGCACAGACGGAAACUUAGAAGACCUGAAAUUUCCACAGAACACAGGCUAUGGGAGUGCCAUUCACCUCUCAGCAAACACAUUGAAACAAAAUGGGCGAAACGGUGAAAUCAGAGUGGCUUUUGUCCUAUACAGCAACCUGGGCCCUUACCUGUCCACGGAGAAUGCCAGCAUGAAGCUUGGGAUGGAAGCCAUGUCUACCAAUCACUCUGUCAUUGUGAACUCCCCCAUUAUCACAGCAGCAAUAAAUAAAGAAUUCAGCAAUAAGGUUUAUCUGGCUGAUCCUGUUGUGUUCACUGUCAGGCACAUCAAGCAGUCAGAGGAAAAUUUCAACCCUAAUUGUUCAUUCUGGAGCUAUUCUAAACGCACAAUGACAGGGUAUUGGUCCACGCAAGGAUGUCGGCUCUUGACAACAAACAAGACACACACCACGUGUUCCUGUAAUCACCUAACCAACUUUGCUGUCCUGAUGGCUCAUGUGGAAGUGAAGCAUGGUGAUGCAGUCCAUGACCUGCUCCUGGAUGUUAUUACGUGGGUUGGCAUUCUCCUGUCUCUAGUCUGCCUCCUGAUCUGCAUCUUUACUUUCUGCUUCUUCCGUGGGCUCCAGAGUGACAGAAAUACUAUCCAUAAAAACUUGUGCAUCAGCCUGUUUGUGGCAGAGCUUCUCUUCCUCAUCGGGAUCAAUAGGACGGACCAGCCGAUAGCCUGUGCUGUGUUUGCUGCCCUUUUGCACUUCUUCUUCCUCUCUGCUUUCACCUGGAUGUUUUUGGAGGGAGUACAGCUCUACAUCAUGCUGGUGGAGGUCUUUGAGAGUGAACAUUCACGUCGAAAAUACUUCUACUUGGUUGGCUAUGGCAUGCCUGCUCUGAUUGUGGCUGUUUCAGCAGUGGUAGACUACAAAAGCUAUGGCACAGACAAAGUAUGUUGGCUUCGACUUGAAACAAACUUCAUCUGGAGCUUUAUAGGACCUGCAACCUUGAUAAUUAUGCUUAAUGUAAUCUUCCUUGGGAUUGCUCUUUAUAAAAUGUUUCAUCAUACUGCCAUAUUGAAACCUGAAUCUGGGUGUCUCGACAAUAUAAACUUUGAGGAUAACAGACCCUUCAUCAAGUCAUGGGUUAUAGGUGCAAUAGCUCUGCUCUGCCUAUUAGGAUUGACCUGGGCCUUUGGACUUAUGUAUAUUAAUGAAAGCACAGUCAUCAUGGCAUACCUGUUCACCAUUUUCAAUUCUCUGCAGGGAAUGUUUAUAUUCAUUUUCCAUUGUGUUCUCCAGAAAAAGGUACGUAAAGAAUAUGGGAAGUGUCUGCGUACGCAUUGCUGUAGUGGGAAAAGUACAGAGAGCUCCAUUGGCUCAGGAAAAACAUCCGGGUCACGAACUCCUGGACGAUACUCCACAGGCUCACAGAGUCGCAUUCGCAGGAUGUGGAAUGACACUGUUCGAAAGCAGUCAGAGUCCUCCUUCAUCACUGGCGAUAUAAACAGUUCAGCGUCACUUAACAGAGGAGCCAUGGCUAAUCAUCUUAUAACCAAUGCUCUUCUUCGUCCUCAUGGCACUAACAACCCUUAUAACACAUUGCUCGGGGAAUCGGCGGUCUAUAACAACCCUUCUGUCAGCAUGUACAACACACCAGAGCCCUACAGAGAGACAAAGGGGCUUCUGAACAAUGCCAGGGAUACAAGUGUCAUGGAUACUCUACCACUGAAUGGUAACCACGGCAAUAGCUACAGCAUUGCCAGCAGCGAGUACCUGAGCAACUGUGUGCAAAUCAUUGACCAUAGCUAUGACCACAGUGAGACUGCCUUAGAGAAAAAGAUUCUGAAAGAACUUACUUCCAGCUACAUACCUUCCUACUUGAACAACCACGAGUGCUCCAGUGAACAGAACCGGAAUCUGAUGAACAAACUCGUCAACAAUCUAGGCAGUGGGAGUGAGGAUGAUGCCAUUGUUCUCGACGAUGCCAACUCCUUCAACCAAGAAGAGAGUCUGGGCUUGGAACUAAUCCAUGAAGAAUCAGAUGCCCCUUUGCUGCCCCCAAGAGUUUACUCUGCAGAGAACCACCAGCCUCACCAUUACAGCAGGAGACGGAUUCCACAAGACAACAGUGAGAGUUUUUUCCCCUUGCUAACCAAUGAGCACACAGAAGAUCUCCAGUCACCUAACAGGGAUUCUCUUUAUACUAGUAUGCCCACUCUGACCGGCAUGCCAAACACAGAAAGCGUCACCAUCAGCACUCAGACCGACCCUCCUCCAGCCAAAAGUGGUGAUGCUGAUGAUGUAUACUAUAAGAGUAUGCCAAACCUGGGCUCCAGAAACCAUGUCCAGCAGCUACACACUUACUACCAGCUGGGGCGAGGCAGCAGUGAUGGAUUUAUAGUCCCACCAAACAAGGAUGGGAUCCCAUCAGAAGACACCUCCAAAGGACCAGCUCACUUGGUCACUAGUCUAUAGAAGGCUAAACAAACGUUUUUACAAAACAAAUGCCCUUGUCCAACACCUGGAUUACUGUUUGGAAUUAAAUGAAAGCGGUGGUAAUAUUAUGUGUCCUCCCACUUCAUGCUGUUCUAAACAACAAACAAUUCUCAUACCUUUUUAUUGGGAUUUCUAGGCCCACCCAGGAAGAAUGCUAACUGCGGUGAUCCCCACCUCUCCUGGUACCCCCCCCAACUGCCCCCCAACUCAGAGAGACUUUGGUAUGCUAAUGAAAGGGAUGCAACAGGAAAUGGGCCACUGCGUGGCCUUCUCAAAUUAUACUGUAUUUGUUUCAGCAUCUUUGGAUGCUCUCUUCCUCUUAAAACAAGGACCUGAUUUACAAAAGGCCAAAUGUGCAUUUGAAACAACUAGCAAUGAUGCAUCUAGGUUGGAGUGCUGCACAAAACAGAAGCAAAAAUAGCAAAACUGAUAUUCUCAAUCUGUAUCACAUAGUAGUUUUUUGGUCUCUCACCACUUGAUUUAACCACAGCUCACUUAGCUGUGGAGCAAACAAAAACCUAAUGACAUAGAAGGGAAGUCUGUAAUUGUAUGCUACAUGGCAUAUUUUUAUGUUUUGCUGUAUUAACUGAUGAUAAUUCUAAUGGCAGAAAAAAAUGGAACAAUUCCUAUGUAAUGUACAGAUACUAGCAUUGCACAUAUAGUCCGCUUUUUGUUCCGCCAGAACUUGCGUCCCUGUUAAUGUAGUGGAAAAACAAACAAACUUUUUUCUGUUGUGCUGGUCUUGCAAGUUUGUCUUACCAGUAGGAGCAAGAUUUUUCAUAUGUCCUUUUUUGCCAUUUUUCCAUAAAUUUUUUCACUGGGCAAAAUAAAGGAAUUCACUUUAAAACUCUUUUUUCUAUCAAUUCAGUCACACCAUACUUCAAUAGUCUGAUAUAUAUUUUUCCAACACUGUAUUUCUUUAUUCAAUCUAUAAAUUUGCCAAUAAACGUUUUACAAAUUAGAGAGCUGGACAAAUGUUUAUGUUUACAGUGCACAACUGAUGAGACGCUGCAGUGUUUGUGGGAAGCAGCUCUUCUUCACCAUGGCAUUAGGUACCUUCUAGAAGUCUGGAUAGCUUUAGAGUAAUUACAAGCCUUCUGCAUGUCCCUGCGGGAGUCCAAGCUAGAAAUUUUUACUGCAGUGGUUUAAAAAAUUGAACUGACUCAUAGCAAAUAUUAAAAAAAGAAAGAAACUAUUUUGAAAUGGUAAAAAAAAAAAUCCUUCCAUUAUUUUCCUAACAGGAAAUGUAUUUAUUUGACAAGAUUGAAAGUAACGUAGGCCUUCCCAGGAGGCAAAUUAGCAGCACAGAUUCUACUUUCUUUUUUUUAUUAUUUUUAAUUUAUGAUGCAUUUUGUAUGGUCGCCAAGUUGAAUGACCUCAUUACUAAUAUUUGUUGUAAAAGUGAAAUUUGUUUGCCAACCAAUAAACAACUGAUUAAGAUUUGGAAGGCA